AAACCUUCUGGACAUCAUUGGCUGGAGUGUCUACAAGAUGAGCCUGUUUGCAGAUUGAAUGUGGAUAAAUUUAGUUGUUUUGUGACAAAGGUAACAGUGGCCAGAAAUACAACAGUUGAAAUAUUUGUAAACAAAAGACUAUAGGAGCAAAAAGAAUAAAAAAAGAACGUAUAUUGUGAAGUUGAAGGAAAAAUAAUGGAAAAGAGUGAGAAAGUGAAGGAACAGAUUUUACCAGAAGUUAGCAAAAAAGAGAGACAAAAAUUGUCACAUGACUGUGAUGUGUGUAAAAAGUCUUUCUCAAGUAAAUGUAACUUAAAUAGUCACAAACGUAUUCAUACAGGAGAGAAGCCAUUUCACUGUGAAAUCUGUGGUAAAUCAUUCUCUCAAAGUGGCAACUUAGCUAAACAUAAACGUAUUCAUACAGGAGAGAAGCCAUAUUCCUGUAAUAUCUGUGGUAAAUCAUUUUCUGAUAAAAGUGCUCUAACUCAACAUAAACGUAUUCAUACAGGAGAGUCACCAUAUCAUUGUAGUGUCUGUGGUACAAGAUUCUCUGACCAAAGUGUUUUAAGUAAUCACCAGCAUUGUCAUACAGGAGAGAAGCCAUUUCAAUGUGACAUCUGUGGUAAAUCAUUCUCUCAAAGAAGUGCUUUAACUAAUCACAAGCGUAUUCAUACAGGGAAGAAGCCAUAUUCCUGUAAUAUCUGUGGUAAAUUAUUUCCUGGUAAAAGUGCUCUAACUUAUCAUAAACGUAUUCAUACAGGAGAGUCACCAUAUCCUUGUGAUAUCUGUGGUAAAUCAUUCACCGUGAGUUCUAACUUAACUGGACACAGACGUAUUCAUACAGGAGAAACACCAUAUUCUUGUGAUAUCUGUGGUAAAUUAUUCUCUCAAAAUAUUUAUUUGACUUUACACAAACGUAUUCAUACAGGAGAGACACUAUUUCACUGUGAAAUCUGUGGUAAAUCAUUCUCUCAAAGUGGCAACUUAGAUAAACAUAAACGUAUUCAUACAGGAGAGACACCAUAUUCUUGUGAUGUCUGUAAUAAAUCUUUCUCUACCAGUAGUAACCUAAUGACCCAUAAACGUAUUCAUACAGGAGAGACACCAUAUUCUUGUGAUAUCUGUGGUAAAUCAUUCUCUCAAAGUGGCAACUUAGCUAAACAUAAACGUAUUCAUACAGGAGAGACACCAUAUUCUUGUGAUGUCUGUAAUAAAUCUUUCUCUACCAGUAGUAACCUAAUGACCCAUAAACGUAUUCAUACAGGAGAGACACCAUAUUCUUGUGAUAUCUGUGGAAGGUCAUUUACUCAACAUAGCAGCUUAACUUCUCACAAAUGUGUUCAUAAGGGGAAGAAGCAAUCCCACUAAUAUUUAAACUAAAUCAUAAUCUCUAAGGGGUUACUGAAACCCUUUACCAUGUACGUUAUUCUGUCGAAUGCGAUGUUUAUAUAUUCACAUUAUUUUCAAUUUGCCAUCCAAAGGUUUAGUAAAAUUCUAUCAAUUAGAAAAAAGAUAUUUAAUUUUAAUUCUCAAAUUUUUAUCAAUUUUUGCGUGAUAUUAAAGGGACACUACUCAUAUAUGAACUUAGGCGCACACACACAGACACAGGAGACAAAAGACAAUACAAAGAGUUUUCAAAUUGAGUAAACAGGAGUAGUUGUGUGGUAAGUAGCUUGCUUACCUUUGUCGGAGACGGACGUGUUUGUUUUUGGCAGAGAGUUCUUGCUGCUUGAUGUCACGUCUUUCGUCGUGAAAUAUUGAACUUUGAGGCUCGACUACAGGUAGGCGUUUGUCGUAUAUUUUGAGGGUUUAGUGGAGUUUGUUGCCCUGUAUUUAAUAUUUUUUGGUGAGUAAUAGACUCCAAUCUGCUCCAGACAUUUGCCUGCCUGUGGCCGCCUAUAAAGACUCACUUUGCAGUGAGAAUUGUGUUUUCGAGGAGGCAUAGCCCCUCCGCAAAAAUUAAUUUCUUUGCGAAAAUUAUCUUCGUGUCUGUGGAUUACCAAGGCAGGAAGGACUGUUUUGCAAGGUGGACGUGAGUGUUUUGGCUCUGGACAAUUACAAGAAAAAAGAACAAAAACAGAGAAGGUUGUCGAGGCCAGUGAUUUUGUUUUAUCUGAGCUGGGUGUAAUU